GUCUUGUUGGUGUGUUUUGUCCUUACAGGCUUCCUUUAGCUUUCAGUACCCGUCAGCUGAUGAGAUGUUCAUUGACAACUUUCAGACGGCUAAAGAGGCUCUGAGCGCCGCCACUUCUCAGGCCGCAGAGAGAGCUGCAUCCAGCGUCCGAGACUUUGCUCAUAAGAGUUUCCGUCUGUCCACGGACAUCAGGCUGAAAGCUCCCCUCAUCAUUGUCCCUCAGUCUUCCACCUCCCAGAAUGCCCUGGUGGUGGAUCUAGGGCUGAUCACGGUGGAAAACAGCUUCGCUCUGCGGCCAGGUGAAGGGUUACCUCUGCCGGCCGUGGUGGAGAAGAUGGACAUAAAGCUGACUCAGCUGAAACUCUGCAGGUAUCGAUCCACUCUGCAAGGAAGUCAAUCAAGAAACAUCUGCAGAAAACCAUUCAGGAACUCUAUUGUCUGA